GGGCAGCCCACCGGCGAGGCGGCCCCCGCGAGCGCCGUGGGCGCGACCAGCUGGCAGCCGCGGAAGAGGCUGGUGUCGCUGUGCGACCACUGCAAGGCCAAGAUGCAGCUGGUGGCCGACCUGCUGCUGCUGUCCAGCGAGGCGCGGCCCGUGCUCUCCGAGGGCCCCGCCUCCGCCGGCGCCGAGUCCUUCGAGCAGUGCCGGGACUCCAUCAUCGCGCGCACCAAGGGCCUCUCCAUCCUCACCCACGACGUGCAGAGCCAGCUCAACAUGGGCCGCUUCGGGGAGGCGGGGGACAGCCUGGUGGAGCUGGGCGACCUGGUGGUGUCGCUGACCGAGUGCUCCGCCCACGCGGCCUACCUGGCGGCCGUGGCCACGCCGGGCGCGCAGCCCGCGCAGCCGGGGCUGGUGGACCGCUACCGCGUGACGCGCUGCCGCCACGAGGUGGAGCAGGGCUGCGCCCUGCUGCGCGCCACCCCGCUGGCCGACCUGACCCCGCAGCUGCUGCUGGAGGUGUCGCAGGGGCUGUCCCGCAACCUCAAGUUCCUGACGGACGCGUGCGCCCUGGCCAGCGACAAGUCCCGGGACCGGUUUGCGCGCGAGCAGUUCAAGCUGAGCGUCAAGUGCAUGAGCACGAGCGCGUGGCCGGCGCCUGCCCAGGCCCCGCAGGGCGACAGCUGGCCCGCAGCAGGCAGGCCCGGCCCCCCGCGGGCCAGAGACCGGCCAGGACCCAGACACCUGCAGGCGGCCAGCGGCGGCCUGGGCAGGACGCAGACCCCCCUGCCCUUCCUCCCUGCUCGCUCCUCCGAGGGCGCCUGCGGCCGCGGCUUCCUGAAGACAGAGAGCCCCGCGAAGCUCAGGUCCAGGCGACGGCCGCAGCUGCAGCUGGCCGGCUCCCUGGAGGGGGCAGGACGCCGGCUGGGCAGCGGGGCACCGCCUCGGGGCCAGCGGGGCCAGGACCGCGGCGCCCAGGGCGCUGCUGUCGCGGAGGGCGGAGGGGCGGAGAGGCUGGGGCCGGGGUGCUCCAGCGCUGAGCCGCCGCCCUCUCCGGGCCGUGUCCUGGGGUGCCCAGGCAGUGGCUGGGACCCGCUGGCCUCGCUCCCGGCCCCCUGA